UUCCUGCAAACAAAUUCAAUGCUCUCUCUCUCUCUCUCUCUCUGGAAGACAUUGAAGCACUCUUCUCUUCUUCUUCUUCUUCUUUUAGUUUAAACUCGCCACGCGUUUUCAAAAAAGUUUCAGUCUUUCGGGGGAGAGAGACGAGUACAACAGAACUGUGCUUUAGUUUAUGUGAGGUUGGAGAUAUGGGCAUUCAUUUUACGUGCCGGCGUUGCCUUAUCUGUCCAGAUUUUCUGGUAGACUUUUUGGUGCGUCUCCUCUAAAUCUGGGGGUGACGCAGGGGGACGCGCAGCUGCAUUUCUUGCUAUUCCUGGUCCACUUCUGCUCCAGCACGGAAUUCCCACAACAGAAAAAAAGAAAAAAGAAUUCCAGUUCGGUGAGCUGGGAUCCUCAUUCUUGAGUUCGCUUUUCGAUUGGUUUAAAAAGGAGGGUGUCGUUUUGAAGAGAGAAGCUGCAUUGUCCUGAGGAAAAAAAAAAAAAUCUCAUCUGGGGUUUCUUGACAUUGAGUGAUUUUGCUGUGUUUGCAUGCACUGGAAUCAUGAAAAUCUUGGCACCGCUUGUUGUGCUCUGCAUGGUUGGAGCAACUUCUGUGUUGCUCUUCGGCUUCUCGGACGCCAAGACUGGCUCCUCAGCUACUGUAACUUCAGAUGUUGCAUCCACCCACCACGUUGAUACGAUGGUCAAUACAGUCGCAGGCAGGAAGUUCAAGGGCAAUGGAAAUAGUCUCAACUCUGAGUUGAAAUUUAGUGAGGAAGGAAGUGUGAGUCUGGAGGAUUACCGACCUGUCGACCCUGCUCCAAGCUCAAAGGCCUCCAUAAAGCCGGGACCAAUCGUGCAUGGAGCUCCUUUUAUGCCAUACAUACCAAAGCCUUCACCUCCAGGUCCGCCUCAGCAUGGUGGCUAGUCCGUUAGCCCCACCCUUUGUUCUUGUUCAUGCAUUUUUAUCUAGAUGUGCACUGCCUCGCAACUUGGUUGUUUUUUAGGGACGCUGCCUAGCUACUUGUUCAUGUUUUCGCUAGUAUACAUGUGCUAUUACCAUACUUAUCGUUACUAAGUUCCUGUAACUUACACGAGAAAUGAGACGCCUGUCCGUUUGGAUGAUUUAUGUCUCGUUGUCAUGGCUUGACUCUUGUCACUCUGCGGUUUAUAUUUGCAUUGUCUAACAAAUUUCGAAAGGUGGAACUGUCAAAUUAAUAGAUGGGAAAA